GCGGCAAAAUAUUGGCACAUCGCAUUGUCAAACAGAAGGAAAAAACAAGCGGGCCAGAAAGUAGCACUUAUUUACCAUAGUAUCUCGUCUUAACUGUGUUUACCAAUCAAAAUGGAAGGCUUCGAUGAUGCGGGUGUGUUCUUUUCGGACAAUUUCGGCGGGGAAAACCAGCAGGAUGCGCAAAUCAACCUGCAGGCGGUGAAGAAGAAGUACAAGGAGUUCAUCCGUACUUUCAACGAGGAGAACUUUUUCUACAAAUACCGCGAUACCCUGAAGAGGAACUACCUGAACGCCCGCUACUUUCUGGAGAUCGAGAUGGAGGACCUGGUGGGCUUCGAUGAGGCUCUGGCGGACAAGCUUAACAAACAGCCCACAGAGCACUUGCAGAUCUUCGAGGAGGCCGCCCGGGAGGUGGCUGACGAGAUCACGGCUCCCCGGCCGGAGCACGAGGAGAAUAUGCACGACAUCCAGAUCCUGCUCAGUUCCAAUGCAAAUCCCACCAACAUUCGCCAGCUGAAGUCUGACUGCGUGUCCAAGCUGGUUAAGAUUGCAGGCAUUAUUGUCGCAGCCUCGGGAAUCAGUGCCAAGGCUACACGGAUGUCUAUUAUGUGCCAGUCCUGCAGCACGGUCAUCCCAAAUAUCAAAGUAAAUCCUGGUCUGGAGGGCUAUGCCCUCCCUAGGAAGUGUAACACGGAGCAGGCGGGCAGACCCAAGUGCCCACUGGAUCCCUUCUUCAUCAUGCCGGAUAAGUGUAAGUGCGUCGAUUUCCAGACCCUCAAGCUCCAGGAGUUGCCCGACUUUGUGCCCCAGGGAGAGAUUCCCCGCCACCUUCAGCUCUUCUGCGAUCGCUCCCUCUGCGAACGUGUGGUGCCCGGCAACCGAGUACUCAUCCAGGGCAUCUACUCCAUCCGUAAGGUUGGCAAGCCCUCUCGCCAGGAUGGUCGCGAGAAGGCAGUCGUUGGAGUGCGUGCUCCGUACAUGAGGGUGGUUGGCAUUACUGUGGACGCCGAGGGUGCUGGUGCCAUCUCCCGCUACAGCAACAUUACCACCGACGAGGAGGAGAACUUCCGGCGCAUGGCUGCCUCCAAUGACAUCUACGAUCGUCUCUCACAGUCUUUGGCGCCGAGCAUUUUUGGUUCGCGGGACAUCAAGAAGGCCAUUACCAGCAUGCUCUUUGGCGGAUCCCGUAAGCGUUUGCCGGACGGUCUGUGCCGUCGUGGCGAUAUUAACGUCUUGCUUCUUGGUGAUCCUGGUACAGCCAAGUCACAGCUGCUAAAGUUCGUGGAGAAGGUGGCGCCCAUUGCGGUCUAUACCUCCGGCAAGGGCUCCAGUGCCGCUGGCCUCACGGCUUCGGUUAUGAAGGAUCCUCAGACGCGCAACUUCGUUAUGGAGGGCGGCGCCAUGGUCCUGGCCGAUGGCGGCGUGGUCUGUAUCGAUGAGUUUGACAAGAUGCGAGAGGACGAUCGUGUGGCCAUUCACGAGGCCAUGGAGCAGCAGACCAUUUCCAUUGCCAAGGCCGGCAUCACGACCACUCUGAACUCACGCUGUUCGGUUUUGGCGGCUGCCAACUCAAUUUUCGGUCGAUGGGACGACACCAAGGGCGAGGAGAAUAUCGAUUUUAUGCCCACAAUCCUGUCCCGUUUCGACAUGAUUUUCAUCGUGAAGGACAUUCACGAUGAGACGCGGGACAUCACACUGGCCAAGCACAUCAUCAAUGUACAUCUCAGCUCAAACAAGUCGGCACCUUCGGAGCCCGCUGAGGGUGAGAUAUCGCUGUCCACGUUCAAGAAGUACAUCCACUACUGUCGCACCCACUGCGGUCCACGCCUGAGCGAGGCUGCUGGAGAGAAGCUGAAGAGCCGCUACGUCCUUAUGCGCAGUGGAGCCGGUCAGCAGGAAAAGGCCUCAGACAAGCGACUGAGUAUUCCGAUUACUGUGCGCCAGCUAGAGGCCGUCAUUCGCAUAUCGGAAUCGCUGGCGAAGAUUCGCUUGCAGCCAUUCGUCUCCGACGACCACGUAAACGAGGCCCUUCGCCUUUUCCAAGUAUCGACGCUCGAUGCUGCGAUGACCGGCAGCUUGGCCGGCGCCGAGGGAUUCACAACCGAGGAGGACCAGGAAACUCUGAACCGCAUCGAAAAGCAGUUGAAGCGCCGCUUUGCCAUUGGAUCUCAAGUCUCGGAGCAGAAUAUUUUGCAGGACUUCUUGCGCCAGAAGUAUGAGGAACGCACCGUAAUGAAAGUUGUUCAUACUAUGAUUCGUCGCGGAGAGCUUCAGCACAGGAUGCAACGCAAGAUGCUCUAUCGUAUUUGCUAAUCACUGUUAUUCACAUCAUUAUUAAUCCAUCGUUGAAUGUUUCAUCAAACGUACGUCAUUUUUAUUGCAUUUCCAUUUAUAUUAUUAAGAAAACAAUACAUUCUUUUCACACAUGAGACAAAUAAAAAAUCUACAAUUUCAGAAAA